UCGAUGAAAGUUUAAGUGAUGGUAUAUCUAGGCAAAACAGAGUUGUAGUCACAGCGCACUUCACCCAAGCAACCUUAUGUGAAUGAUUACGAAUUGUUGCAAACAUAAUGGCAGUUCAACUCAAUGAAAUUCUACAAAAAAGGGGCUCACUUCACAGAGCUCCACCACCAAGAGCCCCUAGCAACAAGCCACCACCAGCCACAAGAAACACCCCAAUUCCAAACAAAGAUACUGAAGUUAACAUUGCCCAACUUAUCCCUGGUGUAAAACUGAGAAGGACAGGCAUGCGAGACAGCUUGAUUGCAGAGGAUGCUGAUAACAAACAUGUUGUUGAUACCAUUGAGCCAGAGAAUGAGCUCCAAAGUGUCAUAGCUAAAAGAAGAGCAUUGUUUGAACAAAAAGACGAGGAGGUGAAACCAAAAAAGCCACCCAAGCCUAAACCAAAGCCAUCUGUAAACAAUCACAAACAGGACAAGGAAAAUCAAGAGACUAAAUCACGAUCAGACUCAGCUUGCAGUAUUAGCAGUGGUGAAGACAAAGAUGUUUUAACUGACUCAAACAGAAAUGUUGUUUGUAGGGAUUCCAAAGGAGAUCCAAAACUAUCUAAUCUGCCUACCAUGGAAAGUCUCGGGAAACCUCCUGCUAAACCUUCUAAACCAGAUAGUUUAGCAAAGUUAUUGGAGAAGUAUGAUAGGAAGAGUGUCGUCAUGGCACCACGACGAAACACACUGCAGAGCAGCAGUGCCACCUCUAUGGGUGAUGUUAUUCCUGAAGAAAAUGAUGAGGGAGAAAUGUAUGACGAUGUGGAUGAACUUAAAAAUCAGAUACUGGGUGAACAAGAAGAUAAACAAGACAAACAGUUGGCUGCACAGGAAGAAAAUGGAAUUAUGGAAGAAAACUAUGAUGAUGUUGGUGGAAUGGUGGAGAAUGCAGGGAGUAACUCAGAAAGGCAAAAUCCUGAGCCAAUUUUGGAAGAAAACUAUGAUGAUUUAGAUACUGUGAAGGAACAAGCUCUUCAAAUUCAGAAUGGUAUAGUGAUUUUCAAAAAAAAUAACUCUCUAUUGAAAGAAGAUGAAAAAAGAAGGGAACGGGAAGAAAAAGAGGAGAAAAAAAGGAAAGAAGAAGAGAAGAAGAAAAGAGAAGAAGAGAAGAAGAAAAGGGAACGUAUUGACAAGGAGCUUUGCAGGAAACACAAACUCAAGCCAGGAAAUCAAAAUACUGGAGUUGGAGAGGCCAAGAGCAAUUUUGCUGGUGAUGGAAAGUUUGAUCUGCCAGUGAAAGCAGGGGAAACUGUGUUUGUUAUCAGUGAAAAUAAUUGUUCCCAAGGAAGAUGGCUGAUCAAAAAUACCGAAGGACAUUAUGGGUACAUUCCUACAGAGCUAAUUCAACUCAAAAUUGACAGUGAGGGAAAUAGGAUGAGUGCAAUCAUUACUGAGGAUUUUUACGAAGAUGUGGACCAAUAUCAAAAAGAAGGACAGCUCAUAGAAGAAGAAGAUGACCAAGAAGUGUAUGAUGAUAUAGGAGGGCAAGAACCGAUUGAUGAAGAUUUGUAUGAAGAACUUCCAGCAGAUCAGCCAUAAAUUAUAACUAGGAUAUAAUUAUAACAUUCAUUUGUUAAGUUAGCCAUUUAUCCCUUGCAUGAAUCUAAAGAUAACCAUCAUGUGUACACAUUUAUUUUAAUAUUUUCAAUUUAAGGACGUCUUUGAUUAUCAAAUGUGAUUUCUGUAUCUAUUUUAUUAAACUAUGUAUUUACACAAAAAUUACUCCUACAGUGAAUGGGGUUUUAAAGGAGUGAGAUUUGCAGACUUUGUGGUCUUGCUUCUCUGAUGAUUUGUAUGGUCACGCUUUACGUUUUCUUUUGGAAAGAAAACGUUCUGUGACAAAGCAAAAAUUACACAUUUUAAUAGCUCAAGCAUAGGAAAACUUUUGAUACACAUACGAUAGUAUCAAUUACAAUUUAUUUUGGUUGAGGGGAAAUAUAAAUGAAACGAUUAAGAAUAGACAAAAUUGAUUUCGUCCCGUGUAUUUUGUAGGGAUGUUGCCUUAAUGAUAUAUUUUCAAAGCUUUGUAUUUUUAUGAGUCUAUAGUUCUAAAAUUGUAUGACAGGUAAUUAGACCUGUUCUAUUCAAUAAAACCACAUGAAAUUGAA